GACACAACACAAAAGGAUUCGUCCAGCAACAGUACUUAUAGUUCUUUGUUCUUAAACUUUCUUGAGCAUUUGUUCUUCCAAACUGACGACCAUGAGUACAGAUUGGACGCCCAGCCAAUGGCUAGAUUGUUUUGAGGACAUGGUGGAAGAGGACCUGGACAGAAGUGACAAGUGGACUUUACAUUUCAACUACAGUCUGACCGAAACACUCUCCAAGGAAGAGAGGAGGAGAGGAUGGAAAAUACACAGCCACUGUGCUUAUGGACAGUUCCAGUGUGUUGACUGUUCCAAGACGUGGGGGUCUGCUCGGGUGGUGUUAGUGUUCAGGUACCGCCUGCGGGAUGAGACAGCUCGGGGGACGGUGCUAAUGCGGCCAUUCGGCCAGGCAUGCCGACGCUGCCGGGAGGAGUUUGAACUUCCUGGCUUUACCCAAAACGAGGUGGAGGAGGCACUUCUGCGGCUGUUUGGAAAGAUUAAGAAGAACUGUUAUGGGGAGGAAGAAGAGGAAGAUGAGGAAGAUGAGGAGGAAGGAUCAGAAGGAUCAGAAAAGGUCUGGACAAAGCCUCACGAGAAAGCUCUGUGUGAAGCCUGUAGACUGGGCAUCUGUUGUGAUGAGGGUUAAAGGGUAAACAGAGAGUGAGAGGAGAGAGAGUGUAUAGCCUGUGAGUGAGUGUGUGAGAGACAGAGGGUGAAUGUGUUGUAAAAACAUGAAAAACAGCAUUAUAUAUAUUAUUUUCCUAUGAACUCAAGUAAAUACUCUACAUGUAUCCUAAUUUAAAGUACUUUCUUUUAGCAAAACAAUGGAUUUUCUUUUUUUAAAUGUAAUUACAAGGAUAAAUUCUUAUUCAUAACUUCUUUAUAUCUUGGUGUUGUAAAAUAAAUUAAAUGGAC